AUGGAUUUCAUGGCUUCUCAAAGGAAAUACUCAAAAUCUGAUUCUGGAAAUAUUUACAACACAAGUAGAGUUAUAGAAGGAAAAUUCAUGAAUUUACUUGAAAAAGAACCAAUCAAAAGAAACAAAACACAAUGGGCUAUAGGUCCAUUCAAUCCAAUGAAGAUUAUUACCAACAACUAUUUAUCAAUCGAUCAUCAUCAUCAUCAUCAUCGUCACAAAUGUUUGUUAUGGCUCGAUAAACAAUCUCCGAAAUCCGCCAUAUUUAUUUCAUUUGGUACAACAACUUCACUAAACGAUGAGCAAAUCGAAGAGCUUUGUAUAGGUUUAGAAAAAAGUGGUAUAAAGUUUAUUUGGGCAUUAAGAGAUGCUGAUAAAGGUGAUAUUUUUUCUGGUGAAAUGAGAAAAAUUGAACUGCCAAAAGGGUAUGAAGAAAGAAUUAAAAAUAAGGGUAUUAUAGUAAGAGAUUGGGCACCACAAUUGGAGAUAUUAGGACAUUUAUCAAUCGGUGCAUUUAUGAGUCACUGUGGAUGGAAUUCGUGCGUGGAAAGUUUAUCAAUGGGAGUACCUAUUAUUGCAUGGCCCAUGCAUUCUGAUCAACCAAGAAAUAGUAUUUUAAUAACAAAGUUUUUGAAAGUUGGUAUAAAUAUUUUCAAUAAUUGGGAACGUAGUAGAAAUGAAGUGGUGAAAUCAAAUAUUAUUGAACAUGUAAUUGUGACAAUAAUGUUGAAUAAUAUUGAAGGAAAUGAAAUUCGUCGGAGAGCGGCGGAGUUAGGGGUGGCUAUUCGGAGAUCGGUGGUGGAAAGCAGUGUAACGAGGAAGGAAUUGGAUUCUUUCAUUGCUCAUAUCACUAGAUAA